CUCUCUCUCUCUCUCUAUCUCAGCUGCCUAAGAAGACUAUAUUAUUUUCUUUCUUCAGAUGUCACAAUAACAAGUUUGAUAUAUCAAAGUCUUGAAGUAAACAGGACAAUAUCAAGUUGAUAUUUGGGUAUUAUUGAAGUGGUAUAUAGACAGACUUACAGAGAUUUUAGUUCAAGUUUCUUGAUUAGGUAUACUCUGAUCCAUGGGGAUCUUUGAAGAAAUGGGUUUCUAUGGAAAUCUUGAUUUCCUUUCGGGUUCUAACUGUGAGGGAGAAAGGGCACCUGAAGCAGAACAAGAGGCAGCUGUGGAGGAAGAUUAUAGUGAUGAAGAAAUGGAUGUUGAUGAGCUGGAAAGACGGAUGUGGAGAGACCGUAUGCUUUUAAGGCGGCUUAAAGAUCAAAAUAAAGGUAAAGAAGUCGAUAAUGCUAAGCAACGUCAGUCUCAAGAACAAGCGAGAAGAAAGAAAAUGUCUCGUGCUCAAGACGGGAUCUUGAAAUAUAUGCUUAAAAUGAUGGAAGUUUGCAAGGCACAAGGAUUUGUUUAUGGAAUAAUUCCGGAGAACGGGAAGCCUGUGAGUGGGGCUUCAGAUAAUCUCCGGGCCUGGUGGAAGGAAAAAGUUCGGUUUGACCGAAACGGGCCCGCUGCGAUUACUAAAUACCAAGCGGACCAUUCGAUUCCCGGGAAAAACGAGGAUAACUGUAAUCCGGUUUCCACCCCGCACACCCUGCAAGAACUUCAAGACACCACUCUCGGUUCACUUCUGUCAGCUUUGAUGCAACAUUGUGACCCGCCACAAAGGCGGUUCCCAUUGGAAAAGGGUGUUGCACCACCAUGGUGGCCUAGUGGAGAUGAAGAAUGGUGGUCCCAACUCGGUUUACCAAAAGAACACGGGACUCCACCUUACAAAAAACCUCAUGAUCUCAAAAAAGCUUGGAAAGUUGGUGUUCUAACGGCUGUAAUCAAACAUAUGUCGCCAGAUAUUGCUAAAAUUCGCAAGCUUGUUAGGCAAUCUAAAUGUUUACAAGACAAAAUGACGGCCAAGGAGAGUGCUACAUGGCUUGCUAUCAUCAACCAGGAGGAAGCAUUAUCUCGUAAGCUAUAUCCGGACAGCUGUCCACCCAUAUCUUCUGCUGGAUCGGUGUCUUAUCUUGUUGCAGAUACCAGUGAUUAUGAUGUGGAUGGUAUAGAAGAUGAUCAGAUAGUUGAAGUAGAAGAGUGCAAGCCACAACCCCAUGAGGUCAACAAUCUUUAUAAUCUCGGGCUCAUGGGGCCUACUAAUGGAAUUGGGGCUCCUCAGCUAGCUCAAGUCAAGGGUGAGAUCAUUGAGAUCCCAAGUCCGGACAAUUUCAUUCAGAAAAGGAAGCAACAAUCUGAUGACCAGCAGCCACAGAAGAUAUACACUUGUGAGUUCUCUCAAUGCCCUUAUAGUGAUAUCCGUGUGGGUUUUAGCGACAGAUUUUCACGAAACAAUCAUCAGAUGAGUUGUCCUUACCGCCCUGCUCCUAACCCAAAUCAUAAUCCUCCGCGUAGUGGAACCUUAAGCUUCCAACUGAAGGAACCUGUCUUUGCCAUGCCCUCAUUUGGUCAGGCUAAGAUCACCACUAGUCAACCGAUGAAUCAGGAUCCUACUUUUUGUGGUUCACAACUUGGACUUCCAGGAGAUGGUCAACGGGCCAUUUCUGAUCUCAUGUCAUUCUAUGAUACUAAUCAUCAAAACACUAACAGAAAUCCCGGGAAUCUUGAUGUUAUUGCUGACCAACAGAAGCAAAAGUUUCCCAUCCAACUCGAUGAUGACUUUUUUGGUCAAGGGGUCGAGUCCCACAUGCCUUCUAAUCAGUCAACUUUCUUGCCAAACGGGUUUCAGCUUGAAAACAGAACACCAUACACUCCCGCUUUUGAUGCAAACAAUAACUUGGAUUUCAGAUUCGUUUCACAGUCGCCAUUUAAUCUCGGAGGCGUUGACUUCUCCAGUGAGUCAAACCCUGCCCCAGAUAUGUCAAUGUGGUACCUCUGAAAGGGUCAACAUGAAAACCCCAUUAACAGGUGAGAAAAAAAGAGACUUCUUUUAAUCCAUAGUAUAGUAUCAAGUUAGUUACUAUUAUCCUUUGCUUGCAUUAUUACAAAAACGUUCUACGGACUCAUGUUUUGUAACGUUUAGUGUGAUCGAAUACUUGUCAUGUACCUCGUGUAACUAUAUUUUGUUUAUAUAUGUGAUGUAUUAUGUCAAAUAACUGUUUUGCUA